UUUUAUUCACAAUGAGCAAAAGAUAAUGUUGUGGUGAUGUUUUUACGCACUAGUAGUUGAAAUACGCCUGGUAUUCUUGGUCUACCAGUAUAAUAUGCUAGGCCUAUAGGUCUGGAUUGGAGCUUACAAGACACGCCAAUAUAUGUAAUGCUUUACUUCGAAAAGCCAAAAGUUCGCAGACAAUGGCUUCAUAUAGCCCUAAACUGUUAGAAAAGAAAUACAAUAACUGGGUUAAAGCUCAGUUAGCUGUAUUGUUGACUAAAGAAGGAGUUGAACCUUUUGUUUGUUAUGAGAUCAAACAAUUUCAACUGAAAUGUUUACAUGAUAUAUGUUACCUAAAUGGCUUACCAAGUGGGACUUCUUGUUCCGUUUGCUGUACAGAAAAUCUUGUAAAGUGUCCUACAAAUAGAAUAUGUAAUGUUGGGCGUGGGAAAUGUAUGUAUCAUCGGAAUGUUGCAACACGGUACAAUUCGUCUGGCUGUCCUAUCAAGAUAUGUGAUAACUUCAAAACUGAAAUACAGAAUGCACAUAGGUACUUCGGUCCGUCGUACAAAAACAGUGAUGCUACCCAGUGGUGCAGUAAUUUCUGGGAAGUAGCAAAGUGCUUCAUGCCCCCAGAUGGGUAUAAAGGAAAGGCAUCUGCAGCAGAAACAGACUUUAAUGGUAUAAUCAGCGUUAUCCUUAAUCACAAAGACUUCCAGGGUAAAGUAAAUGAAAACCUCAAUAACAAGAUAAAUAUAUUUGAAGAGGCAAGAGAAAUUGGAAGAAAUGUUCGACAUUCAUCAACUCUUGAAGUAGAAGACUCAGACCUUCAGAAUUACUUUCAACUAUUACAGCAACUCCUUUCUGACCCCGUGUAUUUAGGUACUGACACGCAUGCGCAGAAUGCUAAACAAAAACUUAUACAGUUAGAAAAUGACACUCUUGUCAUUGGUAAAGAUGAUAUAAGAAAAGUACUAGACGAUGUGGCAACAGUACUUCAAGACAAGAUGAAGGCUGGAUUAGAUGAUCAAUAUGAAAAAAUUAUGCUAGAAAUGAUUAGAAGAAAACAAGAAGAUCUUCUAUCUCUUGAGUCUAAAACUGCUGAGGGAACAACACAGAUACAAGAUAAAACUGAUGCUUCUGUGAAAAGAUUAAAUGACGAACAGGGCAAAGAAAUUGAUAUAAUUCAUAAACAAGGAGAUAAAGAACGAACAGACCUGGCUGAAUUAGGAGAGACGUUACAAAAAGAACUGAAAACAACAAGUAAAGCUGAGAAAGAAGAACAGUAUCUAUCUCUUGAGUCUAAAACUGCCGAGGGAAUGACACAAAUACAAGAUGAAACUGAUGCUUCUGUGAAAAGAUUGAAUGACGAAAGGGUCAAAGAAGUUAAUACAAUUCAUAAACAUGGAGAUAAAAAGAGAAAAGAGCUGACAGAACUAGGAGAGACGUUACAAAAGAAACUGAAAACAGCAAGUAAAGCCGAGAAAGAAGAACAAUAUUUUGAUUCCAAACAAAGUAAGUGAUAUAACAUUUUAUCACA